AUGUCAACUUUAAUUAGUGAGCCUAGAUUAACAGCGACAAAAUUUCACAACUUUAGGUGUAGUGAAAAUAUGCGUGCCGUUGAAACUUUCUUCAAGGUUAUCCCAGCCUCAAAUUGGUCUUUGGAAGCUUACAUCAAUUAUGUUCUUGAAAACACCGAUGUUGUACUCAAUUUUGAACAGGUGUUCUUUAAUUUCAAGGAAAGCGUUGACCAAAUUAAUCAGAUCUUCACAGUUCCUGUAUCUGUUAGUAAUAUAGUUGUAACAAAUUUAUUAUCACCACAGACGCUGACAGGUAAGUGUGUCAUUGAAACAUGCCACAAAUUUUUCGAUGCCAAAAUAUUGCUAAAGAAGAAAAUCGCCAUAAAAGCUGUGAUUGAGGAAACGGUCAAUGUCUCCACUCAUACGAUAGCGUAUCAAACUUAUCUGCAACAAGGGGAAACUUCAAAUAAACGAAAAAUAGAAAUAGAUGAAUAUGUUGAUGAUGACGAAGGGCAAAUCACUCUCUUUGAUGAAAAUAAUGAAGAUGUAUUGAUUGGUAAUAUCAAUGAGGAUGAAUUGAUAAAUGAGAACGUCCUACCAUUGAUGGAUUCAGCAGAAGUGGAUAAUGAAGUGAAUAUUCAUACAGAUUUUAUCGAAGAGUUAACGACAUCUUUUGAAAUUUAUAGAUCAAAAAUUCCAAUAUCAAAAAAAGCUAUAACUCUAGGAUACUGGGGUGUGAUCGAUUUAACAAAAGAAUCUUUAUAUAAUGCAAAGGAUCUUGAUGAUUCAUUAAUGGAAAAUAUAUCAAAAGAUUUUUCCAGAAAAUUAAAGUGGAACCCUAAACCUGCACCUAAAAACCUCCAGAAAUACUUUACAAAUAAUUGCAAUGAUGAUCUAGAAGAACUUAAGAUGAGCACCAUGUUUCCCUUUUAUCGUGAUGUAAUUGACAAUAAUGUUAUUAAGGAUAAGUGGGGAGAAAAUGUUUCACAUUCAAAUACAGAUGCACGUAAUGAAAAUAAUAAUCCAUUUAACAAGUCAAGAAUUGGACAUAAAGUAGAUAUGCUUGGAACAUUAAUUCGAACUCCGAUUAAAGCUGAGGUUUUAUUUGGUGAAGUUUCAGGAGGAAUUGGGCCAUUUGGCUUUCCAGCAGCAUCAAAAAAGAAAAGAUUCCUUGAUAAAGUUAAGUUAGGAGUCAUUAUGAGAGACUCUUUAAAUAUAUUAUUAAAGAAUUGGAGACAUAUUAAUGAUAAUGAAAGAAGGAAGUUGACGAUAUAUGGUUGGACACAACAUGGACUUGAUGUGAAUAUUUAUGCUAUGCAGUGGUAUGGUAACAAAAUGUAUUUAUUUGGAAUGCUGGAUAAAGCAGUUAUACCAUCAUCAAAUGAUAAUUGUUUAUUAUUUGAAGAAUUAUAUUGUGUAUUAAAAGAGUUGGAAGUGAAAUUAACCAAAACAGAAGAAGUAAUCAAAGAUUUAAAUAAUAUGAAUAUGAUAGGCAAAAGAAGACAUAUCGCUGUGGAAAACUCCCCCAUGUUAAAUAUAAAUAGGACCCCGCAAUCAUGA